AUGGACGUCCGGAAUGUCCAGAUUCGCGGCGACUCUCAGCUCGUCAUAAACCAGCUCCAGGAGAAGUAUCGAUGUGCCAGUUGGCUGCUUGUACCAUAUCUGAAUCGCGCCAUCGAGCUUCUAGACCAAUUUGACGACGUCGAUCUGGAGCAUAUUCCCCACGAGCGCAACUUUGCAGCUAAUGAGCUCGCUCAGCUUGCCACAGGCAUCACAUUGAAGUAUGGAGUGCACGAGCGCAUCUUGAAAGUCGAACGUCGCACAUUAGCUUCUUGGCUUGCAAGACCUGAUCCACCAGAUGAUCCCGUGGUUGCGGUGCUAGAACCUAUCGAUGUGGAUUGGCGAAUCCCGUUGAUUGAAUACCUCAAACAACCAGACCCAAGAGCGGACAGGAAGAUUCGCUUUCUCGCGCUAAAUUACUUCCUUAGAGGUGAUGAGUUGCGGCGACAUGGGGAGGAUGGUAUAGACUUUCGGUUUGGUAUCCCCGAGGUGUUGGUUUCGGACCGGGGGGCAGCGUUUAUGGGGGGCCCCGUCGAGGAGCUUGUCAAUGAUUUUGGCAUCCAAUUCAUCCACAGCAGUCCAUAUUACACUCAAUCUAAUGGUCAAGCGGAGGCUAGCAACAAGACAAUCAUCACCUUACUGAAGAAGAUGCUGGUAGAAAACCCUCGACAAUGGCACGAUACCUUGUAUGAGACUCUUUGGGCCUAUCGCACUUCUAAACGGAAUCCCACCGCGACCACGCCGUAUGCCCUCAUGUUUGGUCAUGACGCUGUCUUAUCGUUAGAAAUCAAUGUUCAUUCCCUACGCGUGCAAGAACAGCACCAUCUGAUCGGUGAGGAUUACGUUCAGGCAAUGUGGUAG